AUGAAGGUCCAGAUCAUCAAGCUUGAUGGUCCCCAGUAUCCCACACCAGCCACAUCACAUCACCUAGCCGAAGCACUGUGUUCAAUGCCAAACCUGACUGACCUGACACUUGGAAGGAAUCUUCAUGAGGAGUUCUACACCACAUUGACAGCAAAAGCACCAACCAUACAGAUUCUCAAGUUUGAUGUUGUCAAGGGUCCCACACCAGCCUCAUUACAUGACCUUGCAGAAGCACUGUGUUCUAUGCCAAACCUGACUGACCUGACACUCGGAAGUAUUCUCAAUAAGGAGUUCUGCUCUACAUUGAAAGCAAAGGCAUCAUCCAUACAGGUCCAGAUCCUCAAGCUUGAUGUUCCCCAGUGUCCCACACCAGCCUCAUCACAUGACCUUGCAGAAGCACUGUGUUCUAUGCCAAACCUGACUGACAUGACACUUGAAGGUAUUAACAUCAGUGAGGAGUUCUACUCUACAUUGAAAGUAAAGGCAUCAUCCAUACAGGGUUGUUUUCCUCAGAUCAGGAAGGGAAACUUCAGGUUCAAUGCCGUUGCUCAAAAUGACUUGGACUCAUUUCUGCACGCCGUCACAUUGCAAUCGCCCCGACGUUUGGACAGGAAAGUACAGAAAGGGUAUUAAAAAAAAAAAUCAGAGAACAGCAUGUAGAAUUUUCAUGAGUAGUGCUAUAUAAAAACAAUUUAAAGAGCCUUUAAUGUAAUUCGAAAAAAAUAUACAAUGCUGAUCAUUACCCCAGCAAUUUACGAUUUCUCGUCUGUCAGAAAUAAAUAAUCAGCAAAAGUUUGAUUGAAUGAAUUCCCUGUUGUAAACGUGGAUUCAACCUUCAAUCUGUAGAUUAUUUUGUGUUCUUGAUAUAUCUUUUUGACUGUAGUCUCUUCUAUUUUUUCUUCUUUAUUGUUCACUGAUCAAAUUUUUCUCGAGACUGCACAUUCAAUGAUACCAAUAGUAGCUGAUUUUUAUUUCUAAUCUUUCAAACAGAUAAUAAGAAAAAUAUCUGUUUCCUUUAUACGUCCCACAGUACUGCCUACUUGAACUCAAUUGACACUUUUGUACUUGAACCUGUCUCCGACAACCUAUCCGACUGGGACGACUCAAGUGACUCAGACGGCUCAAUUGACUCAGAAUGGCUCGGCUAACUCGGGCAACAAGAAUGACUCGGCCGACUUGGACGGCUUUAGAUGACUCGGAUGUAUCGGCCAACUCAUUUUGUAUGUGUCUUAAAUAUGCGGAUUUGAGGUCAUUUUUUACAUGGCUAUGAUCAUGCAUUAUGCCUGUGUUUAGAAGGUGACAACACCGGGGACUAGAAGUUAUAAUGAUAAUAACAGUUGCUUGUGAUAUAGUGCACACCCCUGUCAAGCCAUGACGCUCCUGGUGCUCAAACUAUUAACCUGGUCGUAGGCGGCCGUCAAAUAUGUAACACUUUGGCAUAACAGGUGCCCAUUUAUACCUGGGUGGAGAGUGGCAAAUGUGGAUUAAUGCCUUGUCAAGAACGCUAUUGCAUUACAAAGUUUAUUCAUUGUAUGUACCAAGUAUAUGUGUACUGUAGACCUUUACCAUUUUGUUUUAGGUGGUUUGUAUGCAAUGUAUGAAAUACCACUCAACUUUCACAGAGUGAGUUAUGAGCUAAAAUAUAUAAUAUUUCAAAUAAUCUUAUCAAAAUGUCGUUGUAUAAUUAUGUCAAUAUCAAUGCACAAUUAUUUCAAUACCAACGCACAUGUUCAAUAAAAAUAUAAUUAAGUACAAUCAUUAAAUUAACUUGUGAAUUUGUUAUCACAAAUUACCCAGAUGUUGAGAAUUAUAUUGUUCUAGUUAUCUUGUCAAUGAAAUUGAUAGAACUCAAUAUGAUAGUUGAGAACUCGCUUGGUCUGGUAAGGGUGUAUGAAUAAAGGCCUGAGCUAUCAGUGUUACAUUUUGUUGG